AUGGUGGUGGAUCUUGGUGAUGGUGCUGUUUUGUGCAGCGACUAUUUAACUGUGGUGGCGGGUCUGGUUGUUUUUGGUGGUGGUGGUUUUGGAAAUGACGGUGUCACUACUGGUUGUCGUGGUGUUUGGGUGGUGGUGAUGUUGGUCGUAGUGGUUGUCCUGGAGGCUGUGGCGAUAAAUUCAUUUGAGAAAAUGCGGGGGAAAGGUGCGAAUGCGCCGAUUAAGGAUCAGACGCAAGAGUUUCUGGGCAUAGAGGAUAAGGUAAACAAGUCAUACUCCCCACAAAAUGGGCCAACCAGCAGCGGAUUGAAACCUCAGGAGCUGCAGACGCCCAUGGCGAUGCAGUCGGAAUUCAAUCGUAAGGCAUCGAAGAUUGGGCUCGGGAUUCACCAGACCUCGCGGAAACUAUCUAAGCUUACGAAAUUGGCUAAGAGGACCUCAGUUUUUUACGACCCCACCAUGGAAAUUCAGGAGCUGACAGAAGUUAUCAAGCAAGAUAUAACUGCACUUAAUUCUGCUGUAGUUGAUCUCCAGCUUCUAUGCAACUCACGAAAUGGAGGUGGUAAUAUUUCAAGUGACACCACCACUCACUCUACAACAGUCGUUGAUGAUCUGAAGAAUCGUUUGAUGAGUGCCACAAAGGAGUUCAAGGACGUAUUGAACAUGAGGGCAGAGAACUUGAAGGACGACCCAUUAGCGGCUGCGGUGGUGGUGGAUCUUGGUGAUGUUGGUGUUUUGUGCAGCGGCUAUUUAACUGUGGUGGCGGAUCUGGUUGUUUUUGGUGGUCGUGGUUUUGGAAAUGACGGUGUCACUACUGGUUGUCGUGGUGUUUGGGUGGGGGUGAUGUUGGCCGUGGUGGUUGUCCUGGAGGCUGGGCGAUAG